AUGAGCAGCACACCGGUCCGGAGAGGCGUAGGCGGCUUCCCAUCAACACCGGCGAACACGAACCGAUCUCCUGGCUUCCAGAGCCCAAAUAGCACCAAUACUACACCACGACCAAAUGUACGGGCGUCGCUACCAGAUCUGCCCAAGGCCCCGGCACAAUCCGGCUCGGGCCCGCUGAUUCCUUCGGAUAUCCUCGAUCCCGCACAGCAACGCUUCUACGUCUUCGCCCUUUAUGUCGCUCUCUGGGCAUAUCGCACAUACGACUUCUACACCUUGGCAGUGGAAGAGGAUGAGUCGCUUUGGCUGUGCCUAAAAUGGUGCUUCUUCGACGUGCUGUUCAUGUUUGGCAUCCCGCUGCUCGAAAUUCCCUGGCUGGAAUGGGGCAAUGGCGCCGCCUUUCUCUUGUUUGUCAUGCAUGCGGCCAUGGAUGUCAUGCUCAUGUUUCGAAUUGGCAUACCAGUACAGACCUGGCUCAUGACCUUGGUCGGCUUCUUGUGGGACAGCGAAUUGGCUAUCAGCGAACGGAGCGUCAAGCCUGGCGCAAUUCUGCACAAUGCCUCGUUGAUUCUGGGAAAGCAAAUUGUCAACAUCUUACCUGAGGGAUCCGCCAUCUUGAACCCCGACAGGCAGUCCUUCUGUCUAAACUCGACCGUUACCCAACUGGAGAUUCCCAUCAGAAUCAACCAGACGGAGCCCCACGAGAUGGAGCUACUGCGCAUCGACAUUGCGACCAACAUCAACGAGACCAUCGUGGUCAAAAAGGGUGAGCUGAAGACAAUGAUGAAGAAGGCUAGGAAGGCGGCAAAGUCCACGGACCCUGACGAGCCUUUGACUCUGGCCUACACCGUCAAGAAGCCAGGUGUCUAUCUGCUGAAGAGGGUUACGGAUCAGUCCAAGCUCCUAGUGCGACCGCGGUCGACAAACGCCGUCGUAGCCACAUGCCCGCAGGCUCGAGUGAAGCCAACAGGCAACGAUCGCUGUCGCAGCGAUCUGUCCAACGUUGCUCUAGAAGUCGAAGGAACGCCGCCUCUCAAUGUCAAGUACCGCCUGACGGUCAAUGGAAAGCCCCGAGGCGGUUCCCAAUUCCAGAACCUGCAACCAGAAGAUUCCGUCUCACCUCUGUCAAAACACACAUCACAAGCAUUGGUCAAGAGCGGUCGCGAGGACAUCUCAUGGGCGCGCUCACACAAGGUCAUGGUGCCCCUGAACGAAACCCUCACGACUAGUGGUUCGUGGGAGUAUGAGAUUGAAGAGGUCCAGGACGGUCUCGGCAACUUUGUCAGCUAUGUCGAUGUCGAUGACGAUGAGCGUCCAAGACCCAAGAUUGCGGGCAUUCGCCAGCUAUUCGAGGUCCACGAGCGGCCCACGUCUUACCUCAAAGGCUGUAGCCCCCAAAACCCUCUCCGAGUGCCAAAAGGGAAUUCCGCUCGCCUCCCGGUACAUUAUGCAUCUACCGGCAAACACCCGAUAGAUUCUGCACACACUAUCGGCUACCUUUUCACACCGCAAGAGAACAUUGUCGCGGACGGAUACCAUGCCCCAGACGCAGUACUGCAAAAGCAGGUUCUGAGGAAGGGUGAGCAGCCCGUCAUCUCCGAGCCCGGUCUUUACACCAUCAAGUCUGUCUCAACGGACUUUUGCGAGGGUGAAGUCUUUGAACCUACUUCUUGCCUACUGCAGAACCCACCCAUGCCGGACCUCACUCUAGACAGUGAGGACAUCAUUGACAAAUGUGCUGGGAAUCCAAUCGGUCUCCGAGUGGGUCUUGACUUUGUGGGUAGUCCACCUUUCGUUGUCACCUACUACGAGAAGAAGGACAACAACCGCGAGGUCAGGAAGCCACCGCUCCAAAUUGCCAGCCUCCGCAGUACUAUCGAUCUUACUCCCCAAAAUGCUGGCCACUAUGAAUACACCUUCAAGACUAUUAGCGACUCGGUAUACAAGGAGAGGCCACUGCACAACAUCAAACUCCAACAAGACGUCAAACCAUCAGCACAAGCUCAUUUCGUCGAGAGCCGCAGGCCUAAGCAAGCUUGCAUCGAUGAAGUUGCAGAGUUCGAUGUUGGCUUUGUCGGUGAAGCACCAUGGAAGCUGGAAUACGAAGUCGUCCACAAUGGCAAGCGUACCAAGCGAACCAUUGAGACAGAAAAUCCCCACUACACCAUCCGAACAGACAAACUCAGCAGUGGAGGAGAGUACGUUGUGGCUUUGACCAGUGUUACCGACAAGUCCAAAUGCAAGGAGGUUCUGAAAGAAGAAGCGAGAGUCAACGUACGGCACGAGCGACCCAAGGCCUACUUUGGGCACAUUGAAGGGAAGCAGUCUAUCCUGGCUCUGGAAAGUCGCCAGGUUGGACUUCCCCUUCGCUUUACCGGAAACGGUCCUUGGAAGCUGCAGUACGAGAAUCUCAAGACCAAGGAAGUCAUGAAGGAAACCUUCUCGAGCCCCAACUCAUUUCUUCAAGUCAAGGAUGCCGGAACUUAUCAAUUGCUGUCCGUCAGGGAUUCCGUGUGUCCUGGUUUGGUCGACGAGAAGGCUGACCAAUUCGAUGUUUCCUGGGUGGCUCGCCCUUCGCUCCGCAUUCCGGAAUCGAGCGCAAUACUAGAGGGUGACAAGUAUAUCAAGGACGCCGUUUGUGAAGGUGACGAGGAUACAUUUGAUGUUGCUCUUACCGGAAACGCACCCUUUGACAUAUCCUACCGACAGGAGUACAAGGACAAAAAGGGAAAAACAGCCUCUGUCAGCGAAAAGGACUUGCACACUGUUGGCGGCCUCGCCUCGAUUCGAUCAGAGACAUCAAAGGCUGGUACCUACGAGUACACGUUCCUCAAGCUCGCAGACGCCCGGUACGAUCACUCGAAGCAGCACUUCUCGCCAAUCACGGUUCAACAAGAGGUCCAUUCGCGUCCUGGCGCUCGCUUCGAUAAGCCUGGAAAGACAUACAGCUACUGUUCUAGGGAGUCAGAGGGCGAAGAAGUCAUUCCCAUUACUCUCGAAGGCGUUGCGCCGUUCUACCUGGAGGUCGAGAUCAAGCACCAGGGUACGCCUAAGCCAGAGAUUAGCGUACACAAGAACAUUCCCACGAACAAGUACGACCUCAAGAUUGAGCAUCGCAAGAUGCACCUGGGCCACUCCUCGAUCUCCAUCCGCAAGGUACGCGACUCGCGUGGUUGCACACUCAAGCCCCCACCAGGCGGUCCCCGUGUCCAGAUUAGUGUUCACGACGCCCCAACCGCUACAGCCCUCGAAGAACGACAAGACUUCUGCGUCGGCGAGCGCCUCUCCUUCGCCCUCAGCGGCCAAAGCCCCUUCCAAGUCUUCUACACGUUCGAAAAGCAAGAGCGCAAAGCCGCCAACCCCGGCACCACCUUCCGCCGCCUCGCCGAGCUACCCGGCACCUUCACCAUCACGGGUCUCAGCGACUCGGCCUCGGACUGCCGCGCUACUCUCGCCCUGACAAAAACCAUCCACCCCAUCCCGUCCGUCCGUCUCUCCGGCGGCCAGGUCAGCGAAGUCGACAUCCACGAGGGCGGCGGCACAGACCUCGAGUUCCAGUUCUGGGGGACCCCGCCCUUUGAGUUUACUUACACCCGCAGCACGAAUGCGAAUAAAGCACGGAAGAGCAAGGUGUUGGAAAUCAGGACUGAGGUUAGUCAUGACAUGAGCAUGAGUAUUCCCGUGCAGGAAGAGGGCACGUAUGAGGUUGUUGCUAUUAAGGAUCGGUGGUGUAGUUUUGCUAAACCGGGCGAGGGGCAUGAUGGGAAGGGGGGGCAGAAGGUUUUGACGUAUUGA